GUCAGCUCCGGGACCGGGGCAGCAGCGGGAUGGGGAGGGGGUGGCUCCGGGACAGGGGGGAGCAGCCCCAGCCGCGGAGAGGGGUACGGGCUGUCCGUGCUUCCCCUGCACCCGCGGCGAGGCCGGGCGGGACGCGGCGGGCGCGACCUUGUCGGCCGCAGGGUCGCCCCGGCCACGCCGCUUCCGCCGCCGGCGGGUCUCGGGCCGCUCGGCUCCUCCCCGGGGGGGUUCGAGGCUGUCGGGGCGCCCUCCCCGCCCCGGCCCCGCCCCGGCCCCUCCGCUGCCGGGACUUGGGGCGGGGCGGGGGCUGCGUGCGGGCUCGGGAGGCGCCGCGGGGCGGGGGUCCCCGCUUCUCCUCUUCUUCUUUUCUUUGCCCGCUGACGGCUCCGGCUCAGACCUCGUCUCGGAGCCUCCCGCGGCCCCCAGUUUUCCCUACACAAAAUGGAAAGGUUGCUAUAGUGACUGGAGGUGCUAAAGGAAUUGGUUACCAAACUGUGAAGCAUUUGGCAAGACUUGGCAUGCACGUUAUAAUAGCUGGAAACAGUGAGAGUGAAGGCCAAGAAGCGGUGAGGAAAAUACAAGAAGAAAUUUUGACUGGAAAAGUGGAGUUUUUAUACUGUGAUUUGGCUUCCAUGAAGUCUAUACGGCAAUUUGUGCAGCGGUUUAGAGCAAAGGAUUGUCCACUCCAUGUCCUGGUGAAUAAUGCUGGGGUGAUGCUGGUCCCUGAAAAGAAGACAGAGGAUGGGUUUGAGGAGCACUUCGGCUUGAACUACUUGGGACACUUCCUGUUGACUAACCUCCUCUUGGAUGCGCUGAAGCAAUCAGGAACGCACAGUCACAAUGCUAGGAUCAUCACUGUCUCAUCAGCCACCCAUUAUGUAGGCAAAUUGCACCUGAACGACUUACAAAGCAGAUGUUCGUAUUCACCCCAUGGAGCCUAUGCCCAAAGCAAACUUGCCCUUGUGUUAUUUACCUAUCGACUACAGCAUCUUCUGACUGCAAAUGGAAGCUAUGUGACUGCUAAUGUAGUAGACCCUGGAGUAGUGAAUACUGACCUCUACAAGCAUGUCUGUUGGGUUGUAAAAGUGGUCAAAUGGAUGACAUCCUGGCUGCUUUUCAAGACUCCAGAGGAAGGAGCCUCUACAAGCAUCUAUGCAGCAGUAUCACCUGAGAUGGAAGGAGCUGGUGGCUGCUACCUUUACAAUGAGGAAAGGACAAAAUCGGCUGACGUAGCAUAUGAUGAGGAGCUGCAGAGAAGGCUCUGGACAGAAAGCUGCAAGAUGGUUGGGAUUUUUGAUGAGUCUAGCAGAGUUCUCUAGAAAAAGCCACUUCUGACUGGGUAAAUGAAAUGCAUUGACAUGCAUCAUAGGCAAAUUCUUCCAGCGUCAGUCAUAAUCCUGGAAAUCACUGUUCAGUCCCAAAGGCAAACAUGAACAACUCUGUUCUUCGCUUGAACCCCUAGUCUGCUAGGGUGUGGGGGGAGUAUUCCCACGGAAAGAUGUAGUGGUUGGUUUUAAAUCUAACCAUCAGUUUUGUAAAUCAUUAUGUUUCAGUCUGUGAUUAAAAUACAAUCUUUAACCUUGUGCAGAGUUG